AUGCCUGCAUUUGAUUUAAAAACUGAUUUGCUAAUUAAGGAAUUUAUGCAAGGGGAAGGUAAAAAUAGUAGAAAACCGUACGCGGAAUUGAGUCGCCGAAUUCCUAAAUUCUCAUCAAAACAAAUAAGCCAUAGAUGGAAUUAUAAAAUUAACCCUCGCGUUACGAAUGGUCCUUUCACGCAGGAAGAAAAAGAGUUCAUCUAUAAUUGGGUGAGCAAAAAUACCAAAGCAUCCGACAACAUCAGUUGGGCAAAUUGCCAAACGGCAAUGGAAAUGAAAUUCAAUAAAUUCCGUUCUGCCAAUAGGAUCCAAGGAAUUUGGAUCACACAUUUAAAACACCUAGAACGUAUUAAUCGUCAAAAUGUCAAAAAUUUUAAACCACCUUUUAUCUUACCUAAGGUUUCUCAUGUCAACCCCACCAUUGUCAUCUCAAAAGCCCCUACUCUCCGACUACGCCCUCCUCAUUUACCUACUCUAAUUCCUGAUUUUCAACCAGAAAUGUAUAUUCCGAAAAUGAUGCCUUUGUUUUAA